AUGAAUAAAGUAUACCUGCGCCGCGAGGGACGCACGGCGACGGACUGGCGCGCGGGCCGGACCGACGGUGUGCGAGAGGCAGGGUGGGGGCCCGCCAAGCAUUGUCAGCCCCUGCAUGUUGCACUCGAACUCGAAUCACUCGACGCGCUUUGCUCGCCGAUCCGUGCUAUAACUGCCAUGUUUACGGUCGAGUUUAGCGAGCCUCCGGCAUUCUUACGUCACACAGGCACCGAGAUA